AUGGAGGACUUUAUGCGGUUUGAAGCGCACAUUUCGAGCUCAACGCAGGGUAAAGCUAGUGCAAAGACGGAACAGGUUAUUGGAUCUGGAGGUGCAACCAAGAAGAAUCAAAGGUGGCGAACCGGAACUGAUACAUCAAGUGGUAAGGACUCGCAAGUGGCGACGAAAUCGAGUAACCAAAAGAAGGGAAAGACGGAUAUCGCUGCUAAGACGAAAUCUCAAGACAAAAAGUGUUUCAAAUGUGGAUAUCUGGCCCAUGGGGUAUUUCAGUGUCCGGAAGUAUCGGGUCCAGCUGAAGCCAAGGAAUUGUAUGAAUCAAAACGACAUGCCGGAAGGUAUUGA